AAAAACAAAAAAUGGAGAUGGAGAGUAGAACCUCUGGUUCUCGUGGCAUCUCUUUCUGGUCAAUCCUAUUCCACUCUCUUUGGACAACUAUUAUCGGAAUCCUCUUCUUCCGUCUCGCAACCACCAAUGGCCACAAGUCCGGUUUCAUCCACUUCUUUGCCAUUUCCGGAACAGUACUCAUUACCUUACCUUGGAUCAUCCAACUUCUCAUCUCCACGACCGUAAUACUUCUGCAUAAGACCAAAGGUUACAACCUCAUGUGGAUUGUUCAGUCACCAACAAUAGCCAAAAAAGUUGUUGAUCACACUAAAGCUGGUACUUGUUCUGUUACAUCUUCUCCUUCCUCAAAUUGUCAAGUUUUGAAGGAAAGUGAUGCAGAAGAGAUUGCGAUUAGGAUCGUGAUUGGCGCUGCUGAUGGUAAAAGAGAGGGUUCCUCUCCAGGUUCUUUAGGCAUGCUCAUGGAAAUUGAAGGAAGAAAUAAGACUAAACUGCUCACAAAUGGAUCCACUUGAUCCUUAUAGUCAUAGUCUUUGCUUUUUAUUUGUCUCUCUUUCAUUAUGCACUACUCUAAAGACAAUAAUAUUCAUUGUUAUCUUUGGUUCUGUUUUCAUAAGAGCCCU